CGUCGACGUCAGAAGGUCCUUGAAGAUAAGAGGAACUAGCAGGACUCUAACAUUUAUGUUCCCAAGUGUUUGGCAGCAAUGGGCAUCAAGGGACUGCAGAGCUUUGUACAGAAUUCCUGUCUCAAUGUUUGUAGCAUGGUCAGCUUAAGGACUAUGGCCACACGGCACAAAUCUUCUUAUCCCGAUUGUGUUCCCACCAUUGUUGUCGAUGCAAUGGGCUGCCUGCGCUCCUGGUACACACCCAAUGCCUGGAUUCACGGAGGGCAGUGGAAGGAAUACCUCAUCAGCCUGCAGGACUUCAUUGCAGCUUUUCAGAACGCUGGAAUUCGAUUAGUGUUUGUUUUUGAUGGUGUUAUUGAACAAAAAAAACGAGCAGAAUGGGCCAGGCGGCGAAUGCGCGACAGCGUUGAAGUGACCAAAAUUUUUAAUCUUCUUAAGUCCAGUAGGCAGCAGCCUGGUCGCAAUAUGUUCUUUAUCCCAUCAGGAAUCGCCACCUUUACACGAUUUGCCUUAAAGUCUCUUGGUCAGGAAAUAAUUUGCUCACAAGUUGAAGGCGAUUAUGAGAUUGCAGCUUAUGCUCUCAAACACAACUGCCUUGGAAUUUUAGGGGAGGAUAGUGACUAUCUCAUCUUCAACACAGUCCCAUAUUUUUCCAUUAAUAACCUACACUUGGACAGGCUUGUCACUCUCAUGUAUUCCAGGGAAAGCUUCUGUGAAGAAUUGGGCCUUCGUCUAGCUGACCUGCCACUUCUUGCCUGUCUUCUUGGUAAUGACAACGUUCCAGAAAAUAUGGUGGAACAGUUUCACAGGAAAUGUGUUGACACCUAUCGUUCACUAAGCAAUGAACGCAACAAGAAGGCCAAGGUCAUUAGGGCUGUGGCUACUUUUAUUUCUAAGAUACAAUUUCUGCCAUACGGUCUCAAAGAGGUCGAGAAGAUGCUCCCUCCACAUUUUGAUAUGACUUUAUUGGAGAAAGGCGUGCAGUCAUAUGUUCUACCUCAACAAAGUUCUCCUUGGGUAUCCACAACUUCACAGCCCUAUCACAACUGCAGUGAUGAGUCAAGAACAAGCAUAUGUCAGGAUCAGGAGAUUGUACAGAUUGCAUUAAAGGAGCACUACAAAGGAGACAACGUCAUGAUCUGCAAUGUUCUUUGUCUUGGAGAAAGUGACUGUAGUAAUACAUUGGAAGAUGAACAUGACCCUCACAUCCCUUCUCAAGCCCUGGUCUAUAGAAUUGCCCGUCAGCAUAUUUAUGCCCUUCUGCUUGGCACUGGUAAUGAUGCAUGUCCUUUGGUCCAUGAGUGGUAUGCACACAGUGGCAAUAUGCUGGAGAAACCAGAGCUUGUUCCAACAGUUCCACUCUCUAUACCAGGUGGAACGCCAACUGCUCGGGAGCUCUGGCUUUCUAAUGACCCUGAUAUUCAGAGACAGAGAUUCUAUACAUGCAUGGCAUGCUUCCAUGUGGAGAGAUGGACAGAGGGACUUAGAAGCCUGGACAGCGGGCUUGCUGCUACCUGUUGCUUGCUGAUAUAUCUGACAGUUCAGGUAGACAGUUUGACUCUGACAGAUGUAGAAGCAUUUCUCGCUCAAGCCUUGUGCCUUGCAGGGAAAUCUGGAUCACAGCUAAGUAGCUUGCAGCUUCCUUACGUGGAUUCCAGAGCAGUUCAUCUUGCUUUUCUCUUUCUUCGUGGACUGAUUACAUUGAUGGCUUGUAACAGUGCGUGUGGCUACCCCUUUGACAUGAUGACAUUGAUGCCGUGGAACACAUUUGACGGGAAGCUCUUUCAUCAGAAGUACCUGUUGUGUCAUGAACAUAGACCUGUGGAUGUGAUCUUGGAGAAAAGAGAGUCUUUAAUAACUGAGUUCAAGAAAUUGAGGGCAAUAAUCACUGAAGCAUGUGCAGCACAGAAUAGGAUGUUGCAUCCUGGUCCAAAAAGAAGCGGUGGACUCUUACAAGAGAUGUCCAGUGGUUUAUUUGACAGAAAGGAUCUGUCUUAUUCUCAUCCUCAGUAUGGCCAUCAAAGUGAAAGAAAUGAGUGGCAUAAUGUUCACCAUCAGCCAGCACCUAACCAAGGAAGGUAUUUUUCUUCAUACCAUGCCCAUGAUCCAAAUCAGCAAGCAAGGCAUCAAGGACAGCGGUCCAUGAACCCUUCAAAUAAAUAUGACAGCAGAGGAAAUAUGCACCAUUGGGGUCCUGAAUAUGACCGAUUCAAUCCAGGACAAAGAUCUAAGCGCAGAGGUCAGAGAAGAUGAGGACACCAUUUUUCUAACCAGUAAUUGCUAAAUUGUUUAGUCACAAAACUAACAAAGUUAUUGAAGAAGUACUGUAAAGUGUGUGUGUACAUAUGUGCUCAUCGUUUGUCACCUGCACACAUUAUUGGCCAGCCUCUUUGGACAAAACCAUUCUUUGCAAGCAAGAAACCAUACAUCUAUAUGCUCUAAAAAUUAUAGAUAUGUAUAUAUGCAUAGUGCUACUGUAAUUUAUUAGUUAUACAUGGCCCUUGGAAGGAGGAACAGUCAUGAACCAUUCAUAGUGUUAAUUAGUAGUCUCUUUUAAACUGCCAAGCUACGGAAUAUAGCUAAAAUGACGUUUUCCGAGACAUUAAUACUUUGGCUAGGUCAUCAGUAUCUGAUUGGUGGGGACCCCGCCGAUCAGCUGUUUGAGAAGACAUUGGCACUCGCAGUAGCGCCUUCGGCCUUCUCUCA